UUAUAGGGUGUCUGAAAGGACGUCAAGAAGUCAAUAGAUUAAGGAGGGGGGAGGCAUGGUCAUCUGCAUAUGACGAUGAAGGAACCCUUAUAAAUAAACCACGUAACUGGAGAAGAGGGUACCUAACCCUGGGGAGUUAGGCCGAUGACAAGCCUUUAGAAGGAACAAAACAAGCAACGAGAUAAAUGAUGUAGAGGGAAAUUUAUGGUCUCAGUACGACCACCAUUGGAUGAGAUGUGGAGGAAAGUGCCACCAAAGUCUAAAGCAUGCCGGGUAGAAGAUAGUGGGGAGUCGAUACAUAAGAAAAGACAUGAAAUGUGAGAGAGAAUAAUAGUUAGCUAGUAAAUGGCAGUGCGAAUAGAGAACCACUUCUCAGUAGUGCGUGAGUUGGAUACAAGAUAACACCGAGUUAGAAAGAGGAUAUCAGAGACCCUACAAACUACCCACAUCAAGAAAGGUCAGGAGGUCGUUGGGAUAGUUGAAAGGGGAAUGCAGAGUUCGUGAUGGCCUGUUAUGGGAUAGUCCUAUCCUAAAUGGAGGGAGCACCUAGCCGCCUAGGGUACAUGAGGGAUGACAGAAGGAAUAACCUCUCUACUAAGUUGGAACGAGAGGGCUAAGAGCUAAGGUCUCGGGACUAGCUAUAGAGUAAGCCAUUAAGCCAACCGAGUAUAGACAAGUAAGUGGAACAUUCAAUAAAUGUUCUAGUGAAUGGCAGAGAAUUCGAGGAAGCACAUGAAAAUUUCGAUGAAGGAUUGAUAAUAUGUGUAGGUGACUCGGGUUCAAGAAAAUGCAUAAUGGAGUACGAUGAAGAAAAGCAUUACAGAGAAGGAGGAAAAAGAGAAGUUACCUUAUCUAAGGUGCCCCACUUUGAGUGGGCGCGACAUAGUAGGAGGGCUCCAGCGGAGACAGGUAGUUAAGGAUGAAACAGGCACGCUUAGUUAAGCCACUAAGAACCCUAACUAAGAGACUAAGGUUAUGUACAAGGUCGAUCAACAAAAGAGACAUGGAAUGAGUUAUGUUAAAGGUUACCAAGGGCAAGCCACCAUUGGAAGUUGUGACCUAAAACAACAACGAGAAGAUACUCAAUAGAGGUUGGUGACCAAAUAUAGUACAAGCAACGACAGAAGAGUUGUAGUUUUGUGGUAGUAAAAGUAAAGAAGCAAGAAGAACACCAUGGGAAGUUAUAGAAAAAAAAGUGGUUGGCAUCAACCUGGCGAUGCAUGCGUCAAGGAAGAUAGUUAAGACGGGCGGAAGCAGGAGUACAACAGACAACGAGAAAGCAUUAAGUUGACUACCAACGAAGAACGAGUGAUCCAUAGGAAGUCCAUCAAGAAAAUUCCGAGCAAUUUUAAGGUGGAAUCAAGGUCGUCAAGAAUAAUGGGAGGGAAAACCUUGUAGGCCAAAGUACAUAAGCGAGAAGAGGAUAUAAGAACCUGGAGGAUUACGUCGCGAACAAGGGACACUUAAACCUAGAAAGGAACAUCAAGAAGAAGAGUCACGAGUAACGAAGUAAGAGGGAUAUAAGUUUAGGGAACCUGCUAGAAUACCCCAAAGUAAAACCAAGAUCGCCUAUGCUGGUGAAAGGUGUCAAUCUCUCGGGUAAAACCUUAUUGGACUGGAAACCGUACGAGGAGUUUUAGCUAGGGUCUAAGAGUGACAGAAUGAAUAUUACGAGAACAUCACAUUCAAGCAUCUAUAAGGAAGUACUAAGUUAGGCGCCAGGAGUGAGCAAGUAAGCCAUUGGGAAUAUCAUGAUUCUUGAAAUGAUUCAUAAGGUUGAUCGCAAGCUAGAGAGAAAUGCAAAGGAUGCCUUUAAUGCAUACAGAAAGUAAAAGCAGUAGUAUGAGGUUUUAGAGUUAAGCAAGAAGUAACGAGGAGAGGACCACUCAGUUUAUGGUUAAAGGAUAAGACGAGGCAUCAAGGAGGAAAAUAAGGGAUGCAAAGUUAGGAGAUACAAGGACCUAGGUGACCUAUGAGGUCAACCCUAGACGAGAGUUACGUUAAAAGAGUUUUACCAUCUGACUAGAUGGAAGAUAAACCGCUAUCAGUGACCUUGUGGUUGGAGAGGGGCACUAACUUCUCAUGUACCGAAUGGAUAGUUAUCGUUCCUAUAUAUGUACAAGGUGCAGCCGAGGUAAUGUGAGGGGUUAAGAAGCCACAACAACAUGAAAGUUGUAGGGAAUGGAGAGAAGGAUUUUAGGUCAUGUCGUAUAAGUUAAAGGAAAUAAAAAUCCGCGAAGUGAAAAGGAUUACCACAAGCGAUGCUUAGGGUAAUCACAGUGGACAAACUUCGAGGGCGAAAUUUUGAUAAGUGGGGAGGAAAUGUGAUACCUCGACUUCGACUUAGGUUCAACAUCAAGUAUUGAAUCAGUUGGACCAAAUAAAUUGAGCCAAAAUUUGGUCCCAUCACACCAUGGGCCCACGUUGGAAAAUUUUGAAAAGGGCAAUGAGUCACUCGAACAUAUUCGAUGCUACCGAGCUAGAUGAGAAUACAUGUUAUGGUCAAGAGUGCAUAUAAGAACUAUAGUAAACUAUUCAAGACAAGGUAAGGGCACACCAUUGAAGUUCAUAUAGAAAGAGUGAAAUCUCGAGCCAAAGAAGCACGAGAAUGAGGAGUAUGAAAGGAUGAGCCCGAUCAAAUUUCAGGGACGAAAUUUUUAUAAGGGUGGAGGAAAUGUUACACUCCGCUUUUCCCAAAAGUCAAAAUUACUAUUAUAUCCUUGGGUCAAGUUCCACCGUAUUGUCAAUGAGGAUUAAAAAUGGAAACUAUCGGUUCAAGCGGUGUCGAAUUUCGACAUAAAAUGAGAAAGUUACGGACAUUAAUUGAGUUUCGGACUAAACUCAUACGUAAUUGUGAGAUUCCCAAAAUACCCUGCAACUAAUUAAACCCUAUACUCUACUCGACCUCACCCUAUAACCCUAAUAUUUCCUUCUCUACCGAAAACAACUUGGUCUCAGCGGCUGGGGAAAUCAAAGCAAGCCGCUCUCCUUGUUACACCGCCUCUGCUUGUCUCUACUAUGAGACUUGCCUGCCCUAAUAUUUCCUUCUCUACCGAAAACCGACGCUGGGGAAAUCAAAGCAAGCCGCUCUCCUUGUUAUACCGCCUCUGCUCGUCUCUACGAUGAGACCUGCCUGCUUGAGCAAGUAGCUGGAACGGAUGGGCACACUGGUGGAGGCCUCUCCUUACUAUGAGAGUUUCUUGGUUAAGCAAGCUCCUCAAACAGAAACAGGCAGGAGGUUGCGGUGGGAUUCGCCAUCGGCAAGGCACUCUCUCUACUACAUGAGCUGCUUGGUUAAGCAAGCUACUCAAACAGGCAGGAGGUUGCGGUGGGAUUCGUCAUCAAAGAAAGCGGCUCGGGGGCGAGCGGGGUCAUCGGAUGCGAAGCGAUGGGCAGCCCUCUCGUCCAUUGUCAAGCGCGGGAUCUCUGCCUGCAAUUUGCGAUGGGAAGCCCUCCCUCGCUGCUAAGCAAGCCUUAAGAUCUUCGUCAGCAAAGCGAUGGACAACCCUCUCGUCCAUUGUCAAGCGCGGGAUCUCUGCCUGCAAUUUGCGAUGGGAAGCCCUCCCUCGCUGCUAAGCAAGCCUUAAGAGCUUCGUCGGCAAAGCGAUGGACAACCCUCGUAGUUUAAGCAAGCUCGUCCAUUGUUAAGCAAGCUGGUCCGUUGUUAUUGCCAUCUCCACCGAAGCAAGCUGGUCCAUUGUUAAGCAAGCUGCUCCAUUUUAUUCAAGCAAGUAGGAGUGUACUAUUAUUUUGGAAGCGAGUAUGAAAUCAUUGGAAGCAAAAUCAGAGCCAGUUCCGACAGAAGUAAGGUGAGUGUAAAGGGGGUAAAUUCUACGCCUUAAGUAUUUUUCAAGUAUCUGCCUUGCGUGUUUAAGAAGUUGUUUUAUGUGAAAUUGUGUGCUUGCUUAUGAUUAUGGUUGAUGAUAUGUGCCUUGUUUGACUUAUGACUUGAAGUGAAUGGUUAUUAUUUACCUUGAAAAUUUUAUGAGUAUAAGUUAUUGUUAAAGUUUAAGAAACAAGGUCUUUUUAAGAAGUAACUCACCUUCAAGAAGGUGAAGUCGUUUUAAGUGUUUUUAGUCACUAGCGCCAGUCCGUUGCCAUUUGAGAUUUUCAGAUAGAGCAGCAGUUAUGCUCUUGAGAUCUUUGAGACAGAGCAGCAGUUAUGCUCUUGAGACUUUCAAGAUGAGCAGCAGUUAUGCUCUUGAGAAUCGUGGUGAAGAGCCACCACGAUAAGUUUAAGAUGUUAGGGGGAUGAAUCGUUACGACUCCCCUAACUAAGUUUAAGUUUAAGGAAAGCCUGGAUGGCUUCUCAUACGUAUGAGUUGGCAACCGGACUAGCUAGUGAGGGAUCCCCGUGUCAGUCAAAAGAUUUAAGUCAAGUUUUGAGCUUUAUGAAGGGAGAGUAACUUUAACUCCCGAAGAAUUUUAUGAGUUGAGAUUGUUAAGAAUGGAAGUACAAAACGACUUCCCCUAGUAGAAGUUAAGUGUUUAGAGAAGAAUACUAAAGUAUUAGAGAUUUCAAUCGUAAGGGCGUAGACUGACCCCAACUCACUCACUAGUUUGAAGAGGAAGAAGCUAGAGGAGCAGUUAGAGAGCAGCGGGAUCGAGAGAAACAGUUCGAGUGAAGCUAGCUAGAGGAGGAUGGUACGAGCGUCACAGAGGAUGUCUAGUCAGAGUUUUUCACACAAGCAGCAACCAUAAAGUGCUCUAAAUUCACAACCCGUUACUAACCCCAAAGAUCCAAAAGUGGGGGUGCAUGCAAUUUCGCUAAGAAGUAGGAAGGUAACUCAAGAUGUUGCAAGAAAGGAAGUGAUUCAAGAAGAAGAAGACCCUCCAAUGGUCAAUGAAUAAGAUCCUAUGAAGGGAAAGAAUGAGGAGGCUAGAAAGGCACCACCGACGCCACUCUGUGGCUGAGUGCAAGCCUCCACUUUCUUUCCCCACAAGGGCAGUUUGGAGGCGGAAUUUGGUAAAUUCAUGGAUAUGCUAAAGAAGCUCAACGUGUUAGUUACUUUCUUGGAAGAAAUGGCACAAAUUCCAAGGUAUUCAAGGAUUCUCAAAAGGAUUCUCUCUAAGAAGAGGAAAUAUGAAGACCUCGCAUCAGUAAUCCUGAUUGAGGGGUGCUCAGCAAUCAUCCAAAAUAAGAUGCCUUAAAAACU